AUGGCAGAUGCCAAGAGCAACCCCAAUGCACAACUCCUUGAAGAACUAGAGGCUUUGAGUGAAUCCCUUUACAAACAACACACCUCCACAGCCAGAAGAACAGCCUCCCUUGUAUUGCCAAGAAAUUCAGCUCCACCUGAUGAAGAUGCCAAAGAUGAUGAAAGCAGCAACAAAGCUCGGGUGCGACGCAUGUCCAUGUCGCCAUGGCGAUCAAGACCAAAGCCUGACGAUGCUCUUGCCAAGGCAGAAACCAAAAGGGUUGAUGACACAUCAACAACUUCGUCUGACAAUGAAAAGAAAGGAAUUUGGAAGUGGAAGCCCAUGCGGGCUUUAUCUCACAUUGGUAUGCAGAAACUAAGCUGUUUGUUUUCUGUUGAAGUGGUCGCAGCUCAAGGCCUUCCUUCUUCCAUGAAUGGACUUAGACUAUCAGUUUGUGUUAGAAAAAAGGAAACAAAGGAUGGUGCUGUUAAAACAAUGCCAUCCAGGGUUGCACAAGGAGCUGCAGAUUUUGAAGAGACCCUUUUCAUCAGGUGCCAUGUUUAUCACACAUCCAACCAAGGCACUGCAAAGCAGAUCAAGUUUGAGCCCCGCCCCUUUUGGAUAUACCUUUUUGCUAUUGAUGCUAAGGAGCUAGAUUUUGGAAGAAGCUCAGUGGACUUGAGUGAGUUGAUAAAAGAAUCCAUUGAGAAAAACCAACAAGGCACGCGGGUGAAGCAAUGGGAUACAAGCUUUGAACUAUAUGGGAAGGCAAAAGGAGGAGAACUUGUUGUCAAACUGGGCUUCCAGAUCAUGGAGAAAGAUGGAGGAAUUGAUAUAUAUAAUAAUCAAGUGGAGAAUUCGAAGUCCAGCUCUGGCAAGCUUGGUAGUUUCUCUUCUUUUGCUCGUAAACAAUCCAAGACAUCAUUCAGCAUGUCUAGUCCUAGAAUGACAAGUAGAAAUGAAGCAUGGACUCCUUCACAGUCGAGAAUAGGAGAAGAUAUUCAAGGAAUGGAUGAUUUGAACCUUGAUGAUCCAAACCCGGUUCAGGAUUCCUCUUCCUCUACACAGAAAGUUGAUGAACGUAGUAAGGAACAGGCGGAGGAUUUUGAACUUCCGGAUUUCGAGGUUGUGGAUAAAGGAGUAGAGGUUCAAAAGAAGGAAGAAAAUGCAGAAGAGGAAUCUGAGGAACCUGUACAGCAGGAAUCAGCUUCCAGUGAAGUUGUCAAGGAAGUAGUAAUUGAUCAUAAACACCUUACUAGAUUGACUGAGCUUGAUUCAAUUGCUCAGCAGAUAAAAGCUCUUGAGUCUAUGAUGGGAGAAGAUGAUAAGUUUACGAAAAUAGAGGAAGAGAUAGAAACACAGAGGCUAGAUGCAGAUGAAGAAACUGUGACUAAAGAGUUUCUUCAGAUGCUUGAGGAUCAAGACAACAGUGAGUACUUGUUUGAUCAACCUGAAAUUCCGCCUCUUCAGCUUGAAGGACACGAUGAUGCUUCUGCCGAAGAUGGAGAAUCCAAAGUGUAUCUUCCUGACCUUGGAAAGGGAUUGGGUUGUGUAGUUCAAACAAGGGAUGGAGGCUACUUGGCUUCCAUGAACCCUUUGGAUAUUGCUGUGGCUAGAAAAGAUAUUCCAAAGCUAGCCAUGCAGAUGUCAAGGCCUUUUGUGCUAGCAUCGUAUCAACCCUUGACAGGGUUUGAGUUGUUUCAGAAAUUGGCUGGGAUUGGCUUUGAAGAACUCAGCUCCAAGGUGUUGUCCUUAAUGCCCAUAGAUGAAAUGAUAGGCAAAACUGCAGAACAGGUUGCUUUUGAAGGCAUUGCUAAUGCCAUCAUACAAGGGAGGAACAAGGAAGGAGCCAGCUCCAGUGCUGCUCGAAUAGUUUCUUCCUUGAAAAGUAUGGGAAGUUCCAUGAGUUCAGGCAGGAGAGAAAGAAUAACCACAGGACUUUGGAAUGUUGACGAGGAGCCACUCACUACAGAGAAGCUUCUGGCGUUUGCAAUGCAGAAGAUUGAAUCCAUGACAGUCGAAGCAUUGAAAAUACAAGCUGACAUGGCAGACGAAGAAGCCCCAUUUGAUAUAUCUGCAAAGAAAGGAGCUGAUGGAAAGGAUCUUCUGGCUUCAGUUAUUCCACUUGAGGAAUGGAUCAGAGACCAAAGUUACACCAAAAGUACUUCAGGUUCUGAAGGUGAACCAGAAAAAGUGACACUCUUAUUGGUUGUCCAAUUGAGGGAUCCAAUGAGACGCUACGAAGCAGUUGGAGGACCUGUGAUGGUGCUGAUUCAUGCAACAAGUAUUGACACAAAGGGGAAUGAGGAGGAAAAAAGGUUCAAGGUGACGAGCAUGCAUGUGGGGGGUUUCAAGUUUGUGAGUACCAUAAAGAAGAAUGCAUGGGACAGUGGGAAGCAAAGACUUACUGCAAUGCAGUGGUUGGUUGCAUAUGGGUUGGGAAAGGCAGGGAAGCAAGGGAAGCAAGCAUCAGCAAAGGGACAAGAGCUUCUGUGGAGCAUUUCCUCACGUAUAGUUGCUGAUAUGUGGCUCAAAACCAUGAGAAAUCCAGAUAUCAAUCUAGUAAAGUAA